ACAAAGAGGAAAAUAACUAUCAACUACCAACUCCAUCAUGGGCAUCUCUUUUUUUUGCACUUUGUUUAUUUUUGGACCGCGUGUGCGUCCCUCUGUUGUCUGGCCUGUACACAUUGAAUUAUGUUGUUAUUUGUUGUCUGUGUUUCUGCAGUGAUUAAGAAUGUGGACUUUCACUGUGAGUCCAACAACGUGGCCCAUCGCACCGCUGAACUAACAUCAAAGCAGCUGAUAGUGAGGCGGGGCCAGUCCUUCCUCCUGACUCUGGAAAUGAUGCAACCUUUCAGUUACCAUGACACCCUCAUCCUCACCGUGGAGACAGGUCCUGCUCCAUCAGAGAACCUCGGGACAAGGUCUGAGUUUGGAAACCCCACUCGCAUGUACGCCAGUGGCGUCAAGGCAGUAUGGGGAAGCAGUAUCGACAAGAGCUCCAAUCUGCAGCUGGGUGUUGUGACACUUUCUGUGACCCCUCCAGUUGAUGCUCCUGUGGGCAGGUACUCGCUGUCUGCAAGCACGAUGAGUGACAAGAAAACUUUGGGGACUUUGGUGGUGCUCUUCAACCCCUGGUGCUCAGGUGACUGGGUGUAUCUCUCUGAUGAGAGGGAGAGACAAGAGUACGUAAUGAACGAGGAGGGGGUCAUCUAUCAGGGAGCAGCUGGUUACCCCCGUUCUAUGGCUUGGAUAUUCGGACAGUUUGAGGAGGAAAUGGUGGAUAUUUGUCUCAAGAUGUUGGACCUCAACCCGAAGCACACCAGAAACCCGGCUGAUGACGUGUCCGCUCGCUGCAACCCCAUCUAUGUUAGCCGCGUGGUCAGCGCCAUGAUCAACUGUAACGGGGACCGAGGCGUGUUAUUGGGACGCUGGAAUGGUAACUACGAUGGUGGGGUGAGUCCCAGCCACUGGACUGGCAGUGUAAGCAUCCUUCAGCGCUGGUCUCAGAGCAACUGCCAUCCAGUGAAGUACGGACAGUGUUGGGUGUUUGCUGGUGUCAUGUGUACAGUGAUGCGGUUCCUGGGUAUCCCAUGUCGUGUUGUCACUAACUUCCAGUCGGCUCAUGACACAAACGGCAACCUCACUAUUGAUGAGUACUUUGAUGACUAUGGAUUGCGAGUCAAAGAGAGCGAAGACAGCAUUUGGAACUUCCAUGUUUGGGUGGAGGGGUGGAUGAAAAGACCAGACCUCAAGAAAGGAGACAAGUACGACGGCUGGCAAGUCUUGGACCCCACGAACUGAGCGAAGGUGAACACAAAUAGGUCAUUCUGUUGUGGUCCAGCUCCCGUCAUCGCCAUCCUCCAGGGUGACGCCGACCUGAAGUAUGACGUGCCCUUCGUCUUUUCUGAAGUGAAUGCCGACAUUGUCAAGUGGAUGGUCAACGCUCAGGGUCCGAAGCGGAGAAUGCACUCCGACACCUCCACAGUGGGACAAAACAUCUCUACCAAGGCUAUUGGCUCCAACAUGAGGAGGGACAUCACAGACCACUACAAACACAGAGAAGGCACUUCAAAGGAGAGAGCAUCCUUCAAGCGAGCUCUCAACAGAGUGAACUCAGGAGAUGAUCAAGAGGGGGACAGCAGAGACGAGCCACUGAAGUUGGAGAUGAAAUUCGAAGAGGAGACCAAAAUGGUCAACGGACAGGACAUAAAACUGAGGCUGAAGCUGAGCAACAAGGACCGUACUAAAAAGACCAUAUCCAUUCGAGUCACAGCUCAGACCAUGAGGUACAACGGCAAACCGGCCAACAACAUCCAGAGCUCAGUCCAAGAGAAGACACUGCUGUCCGGACAAGACGUGACCCUGCCAAUCCUGAUCCCGUUCUCAGCCUACAGUACGUACAUGGUGAGCUGUGACAGUGUGAAGGUUUCAGCCGUGGCCUUUGACAAACAGCAGGACGACGACAUCUAUGAGACAGAGACCGACAUCAUCCUGGAGGAGCCUCCCCUCUCCAUAAAGGUCUUAGGUCCGGCUCGCUUGUUCGAAACAAUGAUAGUGGAGGUGGAAUUUACAAACCCACUCAAUGUGACACUGAGGAACUGCUCUCUGACUGUCAUUGGAUGUGGUCUUUUCAGAUCCGACUACGUGGAGGGAAAUACAAGGGAGCUGGAACCAAACAAGACCCUGAAGAUGCGGAUCAUAACCACCCCCUACAAGACUGGGCUGAGGACUAUGGUGGCUGACUUCGACUGCAGUGCCUUCAGAGACGUGAAGGAGAGCUACACUGUGAAUGUCAAGCUCUGCUGAAUCUCUGCGUGUGUUAUAACACAUCCUGUUUACCUUGUGCUUUUGUGUUUGAUUCAGGGCCAAACAAAUGAACUGUGUUCUAGCUAAUUAGUCGCAAAAAUCAUCGUUGUAAUUGUCUUGUUGUAACUUCUAAGAUAUAAAGAUACUGUAAAAGUUUAAACUAUUACCUGAAAGUUUUGAGUUGGGGUUACAAAUAAACCUGAAUAUUAAACCUA